AUUGGUAGGAGGUUUGGUAUUGAAGAACCCCAGCUUAUGAAGAUUAUAAGGGCCACACUCUAUACACACAGUGAGUGGUUCAAACUUCAAAUGUGUAAAGAUCGCUUUGAAGGACUCUUAAGGAUCGACGCCCUGAAAGAAUUUGGUGGCAACUUGAUUAUAGAUGCUGCUUCCAAAUUGGAUGUUGACAUGAGCGCUGAUGGAUCAUCUCAAGUUACUGGUUCCUCAAAUAAUAGGAAACAAGAAGAUCGAAGUCCAACCCAGUCAUCAGCCAGAGAUGUUGGAUGUGAUGAAAGUGCAAUACUAAAAGUUAUGGAAUUUCUGGCUUUGCCCAGAGCGGAUGCAAUUCAUCUCCUUGCACAAUACAACGGUAAUGCGGAGACAGUCAUUCAGCAGAUAUUUGCGUAGUUCCUAGAUUAUAGUGGAGCAGUGAUAUUCGUUUAUUUUUUACGUUUAUUUUAUUGUACCAUAAAUUCUUACCUGUGAGGCUUAUUACUGGCUGAAAGGGGAGGAUGUAAUAACUUAUAAAAGGGAAGGGGGAUGUCCUUAUAUGUAGUCUUUCCACGUCAAGUUUGAAAUUGGUUGAUGAGAGGCACAUUGGUUAUGCGAAGAUCUCUGUAAAUACCCGUCCAUAAAUGAGCUUAAACUGCGUCUGUCGCCAUAUUUACUUGGAUGGAGCAAUCCAGGGGAUCAAGAAGUUGAAUCUCUUAUUGUUCCGACGAAAUGCUCUAAAUUACGGAAUCUUAUAGAUUACUUCUUUUUAUUGUGCC